AUGAAAUAAAUAAAAAUCCAACUCACCAUUAUUCUGAUUGUAGUUGUAAUUAGCGGGAGCCCUGCACUUGUUUCUAUUCAAGGAGCUGGUCCCAUCGAAGUGUAGUGGGAGACGAUGACACCUCAAGUGUUACUUGUGUCCAGUUUACAUGGUAAUUUUUUGGGGGUCACCGUCAUUGCAGAAAAUCCCACUUCGCAGGGGUUAGAUGUUGUUAAUGGAAGCAAGGUAUUCAAGUAUGCAAAGCGGGCUUGGUGUGUUUUAAGUGGGAUUGCUGAUGUUGCCUCUUAAAUUCAGCCUUUCGUGGAAGUUUUCAAAUCUUUUCUGUUUCAUGAUGUCUUUUUCUAAGUUUUUUUCAAAACCAUUUUUGUGUUAGUUCUAGGAAAUUUAGUUUUUUAACUGCCACAUCACAUGACAGAGACAAGGUCUGCGAUCUAUUGUGUCCCAUUUGCAUUAUUUUCCAUGCACUGCUUCUGUCAGCGUGGAAAUUAUAAGUGUCAGAUUACCUUUCUAUGUGAGCGUUGUCUUGCUAAUGCGCAAGCGUGUGACCGCAAGUCCCUCUGAAAUCUGCAAUGAUUCAUUGGCUCCCAUCUACUCGCGAAGCCACUCGAGGCGCUCAAACAGCACAUCGCCGCGCUCGUAGGGGUUCGACCGGCUAACCAUAGCCUCCCACUUGUAUGCGGCCGUUACGCCAAUGCAAACAAGACUUUCGGUAUUACAUGUCAGAGAAACCAACAUUGUUCUAAAUGUAUGCAGUGCGUACGGAAAGGUGCGGCACGGUGAACGACUGGUUGGAGCGUCUGCCUCACAGUUCUGAGGACCGGGGUUCAAUCCGCGGCCCCGCCUGUGUGGAGUUUGCAUGUUCUCCCCGUGCCUGUGUGGGUUUUCUCCGGGCACUCCGGUUUCCUCCCACAUCCCAAAAACAUGCAUGAUGGAGGUCAGCAGCAGGAGCAGCAUCACCACCUGGAACGACUACCCAGCUGGUCCCAAAGGGGUCGGAGGGUGGGCGGCAGCUGCGCGGGUGUCAUUCCUACACUCGCCACCGUUGUCCUGCUGCUGUUUCUCCUGGUGUUUGCGGCACUGGGCUUCGGUGGGUACCUGAUGUACAACAUGCAGUUAGAGUUGCGGGAGGUGAGGAAGAUGUCACGUGAGCUCAAGCAAGCACAGGAGUUGAGCAGAGCCGAGAAGCAAAUCGGGUUGGAUGAAGCUGGAGGGAACAAAGAGGACAAAAUUGAGAGAGAAGAAAGGGCUGCAGCACAUGUCAUAGGGCGGAUUGAAAAGCAUGUCGUCCACAAAACGCUGCGCUGGGAGCCGCGUGUCGGCGCCGCGUUCACCAGCGACGCCGUGGCUUACCAGGUGAAGGACGGCGCCCUGCGGGUCAACCAGAGCGGACUCUACCACAUCUACUCGCGGGUGGAGCUCAUCUUCAAGCACUGCUCGCCCACGUCCUCCUUCAUCCACACGGUGUUCGUGAGGUCGCCGUCGGCCCCCGACACAGCCCUGAUGGAGGCCCACCGGGCCGGGUUCUGCUCCCGGCGGUACGAGCUGAAGGAGCGGCACGCCUGGACCGCCGACAGUUACCUGGGGUCGGCUCUCAGGCUCCGCCGGAACGACAGCGUCCUUGUCAACGUGUCGCACCCCCAAUUCCUCAGUCACGGGAAUCAAGGCAACUUCUUCGGUCUCUUCAAGAUCUGAUUGGGACAGUUUGAGUGCUCGGUACACAAGUGAUGUCAUAAUGUGCCACGGUGAAGAAAGAUGCCUGCAUUGAUGCCCAAAGAGACCGUUAACACUAAUGGGAUGUGUGUAGCAUUAUAUUUAUUCAAUGCAUUCAGCCAUUAACACAUUUUUUUAAUGACUGGGUGCUGUGAUGAAGUAUUUUCUCUAUCUUAAAGCAGAGUUGGGGAAUCCAUUUUUCGUACCAGGCUUGUUUCCAGUUUUUACACAUCUUAUUGUUGCCAUAUUUAACUGAGAAGCGACGACAGAGACGCGUACCACAUCGUUGUAUGAUCAAACUAAAAUAAAGUAGUACCCCUCGCCCUUUGAUCCCACCUGACAUACACUGAUCCCCCAUUUCACAUUUUGAAAUACAUAUUUUAAACAACCUUUUUAAUGAAAAAUUAAAGCAUUAAAAAAAAUCUAUUUUGUAAAAACAUACAGCACAAUAUUUUUAUUCUCAUUUUGUGAAAAACAAAAUUCACAUUUUGUAGUUUCUUGUAAUUUAUAUAUCUAUAAAUUAUAUAGUUUUUGGUCCACAUUUUGUGCAUCUAUUUUCAAGUUUACUUUUGUCUUACAUUUUGUGAAUAUUUCCACAUUCAGCAAU